CCAGGGCAGCCAGAGGCCAGGUGCCCGCCCGCUCGCCCUCGCAGGGCGCCGCCCGGCUCGUUGGCGGCCGCGGCGCGGCGCGCCCCAUGCCCGUGUGUGGCCAUGUCCUAUCCGCAGGGCUACUUGUACCAGCCGUCCGCCUCGCUGGCGCUCUACUCGUGCCCGGCGUACAGCACCAGCGUCAUUUCGGGGCCCCGCACGGAUGAGCUCGGCCGCUCUUCUUCGGGCUCCGCGUUCUCGCCCUACGCUGGCUCGACUGCCUUCACGGCGCCCUCGCCGGGCUACAACUCGCACCUCCAGUACGGCGCCGACCCCGCGGCCGCAGCCGCCGCCGCCUUCUCCUCGUACGUGGGCUCUCCCUACGACCACACACCCGGUAUGGCGGGCUCCUUAGGGUACCAUCCCUACGCGGCGCCCCUGGGCUCGUACCCUUACGGGGAUCCAGCGUACCGGAAGAACGCCACAAGGGACGCCACGGCUACGCUCAAGGCCUGGCUCAACGAGCAUCGCAAGAACCCCUACCCCACCAAGGGCGAGAAGAUCAUGCUGGCCAUCAUCACCAAGAUGACCCUCACCCAGGUGUCCACCUGGUUCGCCAACGCGCGCCGGCGCCUCAAGAAAGAGAAUAAAAUGACGUGGACGCCGCGGAACCGCAGCGAGGACGAAGAAGAGGAGGAGAACAUUGACCUGGAGAAGAACGACGAGGACGAGCCCCAGAAGCCCGAGGACAAGGGCGACCCCGAAGGCCCCGAAGCAGGAGGAGCUGAGCAGAAGGCGGCUUCGGGCUGCGAACGGCUUCAGGGACCACCCACCCCUGCCAGCAAGGAGACCGAGGGCAGCCUCAGCGACUCGGAUUUUAAGGAGCCGCCCUCGGAGGGCCGCCUCGACGCGUUGCAGGGCGCCCCCCGCACCGGCGGGCCCUCCCCGGCUGGGCCAGCGGCGGCGCGGCUGGCGGAGGACCCGGCCCCUCACUACCCCGCGGGCGCGCCGGCGCCGGGCCCGCAUCCAGCCGCGGGAGAGCUGCCCCCGGGUCCCGGCGGGCCCUCGGUUAUCCAUUCGCCGCCUCCGCCGCCGCCUCCGGCGGUGCUCGCCAAGCCCAAAUUGUGGUCUCUGGCAGAGAUCGCCACAUCCUCGGACAAGGUCAAGGACGGGGGUGGCGGGAGCGAGGGCUCUCCAUGCCCACCGUGUCCCGGGCCCAUAGCUGGGCAAGCCCUAGGAGGCAGCCGUGCGUCGCCGACCCCGGCGCCAUCGCGCUCGCCCUCGGCGCAGUGUCCUUUUCCAGGCGGGACGGUGCUGUCCCGGCCUCUCUACUACACCGCGCCCUUCUAUCCCGGCUACACGAACUAUGGCUCCUUCGGACACCUUCAUGGCCACCCAGGGCCCGGGCCAGGGCCCACAACCGGUCCGGGGUCUCAUUUCAAUGGAUUAAACCAGACCGUGUUGAACCGAGCGGACGCUUUGUCUAAAGACCCGAAAAUGUUGCGGAGCCAGUCUCAGCUAGACCUGUGCAAAGACUCUCCCUAUGAAUUGAAGAAAGGUAUGUCCGACAUUUAACGCGGGCUGCGUCGGUCCCGGACUUUUCUAAUUUAUUAAAAACAUGGCCUUGGCAGUUAUUUUUCCAUCACUGAGAAAGAGAGAGAAAAAAAAUAAACUACCCCUCCUAUUCAAAAGUUUAUAGUUUAUGGAGAUGGAUGGCAUAAAAAUGUAAACAUCUCCACACACACACACAAAAGUCUUAACCAACCGAAAAGAAAAAAAAGGAUUUGUAUUAAAUCUUAUUCUGUAUAUUUAAUGUAGCAUUUUUGUAUUUAAAUUGAUAAUUCAUUAUCUUUGAAGUAAAUUAUGAAAUCAAGACACCUGUACAGGCAUUUAAUGUUUUUUUUUGUAAUAUAAAUAUAUACAUUUGUGUUUCCCCAAAACUGUUUCAUAGUUUAAAAAUACAAGUUUAAUUUAAUUUUUUACACCUAUUGAUUCUGCUGGGUAUGAGCUAAAGUAUUAUUACAGAAAGGAAACAGGUUAUACUCUUAGAUUUAAAAAGUGAAAGAAACUGCAGGCGCCUUUGUAAAAUGCAAAAUAUUUAAUUAAAAGAGAUUUUAACAUAAUGAGAGCCACUCAUUACUUUUUAGAAGCCUCAAUAAACUGUCCAUUGCCUUGGUCAAAA